AUGAAGACUUGUGUUCGAGAUUUACGAAGUGAAUUACAAUCAAUGAAAAGCGUGUCAGUUACUGAAUUGGAAGUAUAUGAAAAAUUGUUCAAUAUUAUUGAACAAUUUGCUCAACAUCAAAAUCUCUCGUUUUAUGUAACAAGAUUACAUGACGAACUCUAUCGUAAAAUGCAUCCUCAAACAACAAAACCAUAUCCUCCUGAGGUUGCUUAUUAUUGGGAAUCUAUACGUUUCCAUUCAUCUGAACGAGUGUUACAGCUUCUAAAAGGGAAUAAUAACAACAGCAAUAUUCAUGUUCCUCAUCCGGAUUCCCUUAAGAAUUGGUCAGGCCCACCUAUUUAUGUUCACCUAUACACUGACGAAAUUAUUAAGAAACUAGUCACAACCACCACUAUAGAACAACAUGGAUCAUGA